CACCUUCAGCUCUCAGGUUUCAGCAGCCAGCAUGCAUCCUGUCAGCGCACUCCAUCUGCUCACAGUCCUGCUGCUUCUGCCCAGGACGGGCUCAGCGUUCACCAACAACGCCACUGAGGCCCUCAGCAGCCCAUCACCCCACAACACCGAGGACCACCCGGCUGAGGAAGACCUGAACCAGGCCAGAAACGGGGGCAGGCGCCUGGCUGACGCUGCAGACAGCAUCCCAGACCAGAGCCAGGUGGGCUGUCGGGAGCUCAGGUCUACAAAGUACAUCUCCGAUGGCCAGUGCACCAGCAUCAACCCCAUCAAAGAGCUUGUGUGUGCUGGGGAGUGUCUGCCCGCACACCUGCUGCCCAACUGGAUUGGAGGUGGAGGAAGGUACUGGAGCCGCCGCGAGGCACAGGAGUGGCGCUGUGUCAUUGACCGGACCCGGCCUCAGCGGAUCCGGCUACAGUGUCAGGAUGGCAGCUCCAGAACCUACAAGAUAGCAGUGGUGACCUCCUGCAAGUGCAAGCGUUACUCAAGGCAGCAGAAUGACUCAGACCACAAGGACGCAUCUGUCCAGAGCAGCAAACCCAGAAAAAACCAGAAGAAGACUAGACUGCAAGGGGAACAAGCCGAGGGCCAGUCUGGCAACUAAAACCUGUGCAGAACUGCAGUUCCACACCUUCAAGCAGCCAGUCAGUCUGCACAGAUGCAUUCAUGGAAGGUCAAGCAGCGAGGCCUGAUCCAGUCCAAUCCAAUCCGAUCAUUAGAUUGCAUGGUCUCAAGAAUUAAACAUUAUUAUGUUUAACACGGGGCAUGUUAAUUAAACACACCUCAGGUGAAGACAAAAAGCUGUAAAGUAAGUUUGGUCAGUCAGCCAAGCAAACGCUGUAACGCUUGAAGGAGCAAAGCCUCACAUCAGUUCAGGUUCAGUGGACUGGACUGUUAUUGUUCUGAUCAGGGUUUUAGGUCUCAAUGUUUGGGCACCUGGUGGCAAAUCAGUGCACAGUUGUAUUUUUUUAGUAAUGUCAAAAUAAACAUAAAAAAAAUGUUAUCUUCUUUAUAC